AUGGAGCGGCUGGAACGCUGCGGGCGGUGGUUGCGGGCCAGGCUGGCUAGCGGGCAGGUGCGCCGCCGCCUGCCCUGGCUGCUGCUCGCCAUCGUCCUCGUCGGGUCCGCCCUCAAAGACAAUGACUUGGUGCCCGAGACGCCCAUGCAGAACAAGCGCAACCCGCUCAACGUGUAUUUUGUGAAGGUGGCUUGGGCAUGGACCUUGUGGCUUCUGCUUCCCUUCAUGACAGUCACCACCUACCAGUUUGCCAAGAGCAAGUUCCGUUAUGGUCCCACCAAGAGCAUUUUGCUGGUGCUGCGGCGCCUGAGUGCCCUGCUGGUGGGCACUGCCAUCUGGUACGUCUGCACUGGGCUCUUCCUCUACAUUGAGAACCUCACAGGCUCAUGCUCCAUCCCGGGUGGGGGCAGUGAGCUCCACCAGCCGCCCACCACCAAGCAGGAGUGCCACCGGGGCAGCGGCAUCUGGAUCGGCUUCGACAUCUCAGGCCACUGCUUCCUGCUCUCCUACUGCGCCCUGCUGAUCAUGGAGGAGGUGGCGGUGCUGGAGGGCCUGGCCACAGAGCAGAACUCCAAGCUGCGGGUUGUCAUUGAUGGCCUCUUUGUUUCCCUGUGCCUCCUCACUGUGAUCUGGGUGUUCAUGUUCCUCUGCACUGCCCUUUAUUUCCAUGACUUCAGUCAGAAGCUGCUGGGUGUGCUGAUAGGUCUGGCAGCUUGGUAUGGGACGUACAGGUUUUGGUACUUGAAACCCUUUUCUCCUGGACUGCCUCUUCCAAAUGUUCCUCUGAGUUCCAAGAAAUACAGCUACAGCAGAUAA